CUUGAGGGCGAAGGCAACUACAAAUCCCUGCACCGCCCGCGGCCUUGGAACCCAGCCCCGGACGGACUACAGCUCCCGGGAACAAUCCCUGAACCCAAAGGAAUGAAUUCCUAAUGGUGGAGUUUCAGGCAUCAGUGACAGGCUGAACGCGGAUUCCCAGGGCCCAUGCUUCCACCUGACAAAUGAUGGCCUGAGCUAUGAAUAAACAGGACUAUAUGAACACUUCGGUGCAAGAGCCCCCUCUUGACUACUCCUUCCGAAGCAUCCACGUGACCCAAGAUCUGUUAAGCGAGAAGCCACGGACAGGGCUACGACCACUAAGGCACGCAAAGUCAGGGAAGUCAAUGUCUCAGUCCCUGUGGCUGAAAAACAACGUCCUCAAUGACCUGAGAGACUUCAACCACGUGGUUUCACAGCUUCUGGAGCAUCCAGAGAAUCUGGCCUGGAUUGACCUGUCCUUCAACGACCUGACUUCCAUUGACCCUAAUCUUAGAACACCAAAGCUGGAAUGGUCUUCAGUGAAGGAACAGCUAAGGCUCAAGGAGAAGCAGGAGAGCCCAGGCACCUGGCAAGUCAGUGGCAGUGAUAGGACCCAGGCCCAUACCUUCUGCCCCUCGGAUCACAGUGCUCUGUCAGUGUGGUGCCCCUGUACCCCUUCAAAGGUCCUGACAACUUUCUUCAACUUGAGUGUGCUCUAUCUCCAUGGCAACAGCAUCCAGCGCCUUGGAGAGGUGAACAAGCUGGCUGUCCUCCCUCGGCUCCGCAGCCUGACACUCCAUGGGAACCCCAUAGAGGAAGAGACGGGGUAUAGGCAAUAUGUGCUGUGCACCCUGCCCCGUAUCACCACGUUCGACUUCAGUGGGGUCACCAAGGCAGACCGCACAACAGCUGAAGUGUGGAAACGCAUGAACAUCAAACCCAAGAAGGUCUGGAUCAAGCACAACGCACUCUGAGGUUCCCGGGACCCCAGCAGUCCUAAAGGCCCGGGGAUGGUCAGUUUGGUUUGACAAUAAAUGAUUUGAGCUGUUCAGCGUAAGUCUCUUAUACCAUGUAAAGAUGCCCCCCAACUCAGGCAAGCGCCAGUAGCUCUGGUCUUACUUCACUGAAACAAGGAGGAAGUGGAAGGAAAGGCCUGCUGGCUUGGGACGCAGGAGACCUGGGCUGAUUGCAUGGCCUUGGGAAACUUAUCUAACCUGUCUGGGCCCCUUUUCACUCUUCAGCUCAGAUCUCCUAAGGUUAGAGUUGCUUCACAGAGCACCAAGGUUCUGUGGAGAUGCCUCAGAGGCUUCCAUGACAGGAGGCCAAUAAGAUGGGCUGUGACCUCUG